AUGUCUGAAGAGCUUAUUUGUCAUUGUAAAAGUUCUCUUGGAGAACCAUUUACGUCCUUGAAUGAUCUUGCUGUGCAUCAUGUAUCUUAUAAUGAAUUUGAAAAGCAAUAUGUUGAAUUAUCUGAAUGGUGUGAAAGAAUUUCCACCGUAAUUCAACAAUCGUCAUACAAUGCUUUAACUUGUUAUCUUCGACAGAAAUAUUAUGAAGAAUUAUACGAACAAGGUUUAAUGCGUUUACGAAUGUUUAAUCAAUAUUCAAAUAAAUUAAUUGAACGUUUCCCUGAUAUACAAGUUGUUAUUGAGAAAAAGAUAAAAAUAAUUUAUCAAAUAUGGAAUGACCUUGAAGCACGUUUUAUUGGAUAUUUAGAUGAAGAUUUCGAUCGAAUUAUUCAAGAUCUACAUAAUGAAUUAUUUUUAUUUGAAGAAUGGAUUACUGAAAUUGAAGAACAAUUAGCAAAAUUUCAUUUUAUUCGAAAUGAAAAGAUUUUUUACGAAGAUAUCCAAGAACUAAUGAAAUUACAAAAUGAAAUUAAAUCAAAAAAUAGUCGUGUAUCAUCUGUUAUUGAAAUAUGUCAUCGUUUAAAAAAAAGAUUAUCAACAACAAAAUGA